UGACAGUUCACUUCAGAGCAGGAGUGAGAACAGCAGAGAAGCAAAGAUGAGUCAUGACCAACAUGAAUCAGUCUGUCAAAAGAUUUCAAGGGAACUCAGACAUUUCAAAUGGAGGGAAAUAUUCACAUGGAAGCUCCUGAAAACGCUGGCCAUGGGCCAGGGUCUCUCAGCACUGAUUUGUGGGACUGCAGUCACAUCUCAAUACCUGGCCACAGAAUUUCACCUGGACGUACCGAUGCUCCAGAGCUGCAUCAAUUACACACUUCUAUGCCUCACCUACACUACUGCACUGUGUUUUAGAAAAGGCAGUAAAAACAUUCUGCAGAUCUUGAGGACAAAAUGGUGGAAAUAUGUAUUGUUGGGGCUGGCAGAUGUGGAGGCAAAUUUUGCAGUGUUGAAGGCUUACCAGUACACCACACUAACCAGCAUACAGCUUUUGGACUGCUUUGUGCUCCCAGUGCUUCUGGUCUUCUCCUGGGUCUUCCUGAAGGCACGCUACAGAAUCAUUCACUUUGUAGCUGUGUGUGUGUGUCUGGCUGGUGUAGGAGCCAUGGUUGGAGCAGACCUGGUCUCAGGCAGAGACCAAGGAUCAAGCAGUAACAUCCUGCUGGGAGAUGGUCUGGUUAUCAUCAGCGCCACUCUGUAUGCAGUCUCCAACCUGUGUCAGGAGUACAUUGUAAAGAACGGGAGCCGGGUGGAGUUUCUAGGGAUGGUUGGCCUCUUCGGGACACUAAUAAGCGGAAUACAGCUAUGUAUUUUAGAACAUACAAAGGUGGCAAAUAUAUACUGGACGUGGCAAAUUGCUUUGCUCCUGUGUGGUUUUGCUAUGUGUAUGUAUACAUUGUACAGCUGCAUGCCUGUGGUGAUCAACAUGUCCAGCGCCACAGCAGUCAACCUCUCUCUGCUCACGGCUGAUCUCUUCAGCCUCUUCUGUGGCCUUUUCCUUUUCCAGUACACUUUCUCAGGGCUAUACGUUGUGUCUUUAAUGGUGAUCAUGCUGGGUUUCAUAAUGUUUAACAUCGUCCCUGCACCAAACCAAACUCCUGAACCAGUGUCUGAGGAGGAAGGACAUGACAACCAGGCUGCUGAGAUCGACGAUGAGAGGCAAGCGGGCUGUGAAGUUGAGAUUCAAGAGAAAAGCCAGACUGAUUCCAGUGGAAAGAGUCUUCCAGCUAAAAAUGGACACGGAUGUGUUUUAAGCAGUGUUAAAAUGUGAGCUCAGACACUUCAGGUCAACAUUGCAUGUAGAUUUAUUGUAGACUGAUGAAGACAUUAUGCUGACUGUAACUUACUUUUAAAAAUAUAAAAUGUAUUGCCUAUACUUGAAUGACAGUUUUUAGGUCACAGUUGGGAAUCAAAUUAGUGUUUUAUUUCAUAUCUAAAAAUGUCAGCUGUCACCCUCUAUGUUUUGAAUAUUGAACAAGAUGAACUAGACAUGUUGCAAUAUAUAUUAUAGACUAUAUAAAAAAAUCUAAUUCUGUAAAUAAAUCUAAUUCAAGGUCAUAUGAAAAAAGUCAAAUGAAUAAUAAUUACGCAUAUAAAUGUAUUUAUUUAUUAUAGAAGUGCUGUGCUGUUUUUUCAAAUUUAAAGAAAGAUAAUUAUAGGUAAUAAAUAAUGUAUGAAGGGUUUCCGCGGGGUCAUAAAAAGUCAUAAAAAGUCAUAAAUUUAACAAUAAGAAUUAGAAUUGGGUUUCCAAGAAGGCCAUAAAAAGACAUAAAAACGUCCGGAUCUUCCAUACAAGGUCAUAAAAAACGUCUUAAAUUGAUAUGCUCGUCCAUUAAUUUGUUCUUCAAUGAAAAUGCGCUCGCGGCAGCAAUGACAUUCAUUUGUUUCGCCUGUUGUAGUUCUGUAUGAGGAAUCUGGGUGGUAUCACACUGGUAUCACAGCGUUCCAGAACUACAAGGUCCAUGCGGCAGCAUACAGACUUGUCGGAAGGACUUUCACAGAAACCCGCGCGAACUCCGAACAUACUGUAUCAUACUGAGUCACUGCUUAGUUUAAUUGAAAUCAUCCUGGCUAUCACAAUGGGAAAAUGUACCUUUAACGAUCUGUGGCUCGAAGACGGUGCGUUUAGUAGCUGGCUCAAGCCUGUCGCUAACAAUCGGUAUCAAGCCUAUUGCAGUCUGUGUAAGAAGACGUUGGAGCUGUCUAGUUUAGGCAUAAAAGCCUUGAAGUCGCAUGCAAAGUCAGAAAAGCAUAUCGUUGCUGUAGAAGGCCUGCAGCGGGUGCAGGCGAUCCGUCAGUUUUGUUCGGCUCCGUCACUAACGUUA